CUCAGUCACUCAGGACACCGGGGAAGGCGCACGGCACUCUCUCCGAGGCAUGCUGCCGCCCCGCCGCCACAUCUUACCAUGGGCGACUGUAACCACUGCACACACGAGCGGGUUUUAUCCGUAGAGGACGACGUUACCGUGGCGUUUCACAAAGUUGACAGCCAUGACAACAGCAGCAGCCGCUACGACCGAGACGAGCGCGACGGAGACGAAGACGAGCGGGCGUCGGAGAGGAUUCACUUGCGAAGUCACGUUUCGUGCGACUGCGAUGGCGAUGAUGUGGAGGAGAGGGAGGAGGAGGAAGAGAGAGGAGGCGAAAAUUCACAGGAAGGCAGCGAGGAGAAAACGCUGUGCCCGCCGAUGUUUUGCGUCAGACGCGAGCCCGCAUCCAGAGAGGGAGGCACAUGUGAAGAUUCAGAGACACCAAAGAAAUGCUCAGGUCUCGGGUUGUUCUACGCUUUCCUGGCCACAGUUUUCUUCUCCACCAUCGCCCUCCUGGUGAAAACCAUCCAGGGAAUCCACGCCAUAGAGAUCAGCGCAAUCCGCUGCUUCUUCCAGAUGCUCUUUGUUGUGCCGUUACUCAUCUACCACAAGACAGGUUUCCUGGGUCCCCGAGAUAAACGUGUAUUUCUGGUGCUCCGGGGUUUCAUCGGUUCCAACGCCAUGAUCCUGCUCUUCUAUGCAGUUCAGCAGAUGCCGCUGGCAGAUGCUACUGUCAUCAUGUUCAGUAAUCCAGUCUUUACCUCCCUCCUGGCUUGGGUCUUCCUGAAGGAGAAAUGUACAAUCUGGGACUGCGCCUUCACUGUUUUCACCCUGACCGGAGUCAUCCUCAUUGCCCGGCCACCAUUCCUGUUCGGCGAACGUGUCCGCGGCAUCGAGAGCAACUACACCAACCACAUCAAGGGAACUAUUGCCGCCUUCGGAGGAGCACUUGCUGCUGCCUGCACAUUUGUUGUUCUUCGCAAGAUGGGAAAGAGCGUCCACUACUACCUCUCUGUCUGGUACUACGCCGUCAUCGGUUUCAUCGAGUGCAUCAUCACCGUAUCCGUCCUUGGGGAAUGGAAAAUCCCAACCUGCGGCCGCGAUCGCUGGAUAAUGAUGCUGAUCGCCGUCCUGGGUAUCGCCGGCCAGACCUUCCUCACGAAGGCCCUGCAGAUCGAGAAGGCCGGGCCCGUGGCCCUGAUGAGGACAGUGGACGUGUUGCUGGCGUUCCUCUUCCAGUUCAUUUUCUUUAACCAGACGCCGACCCUGUGGAGCCUCGGGGGGGCGCUGUGCAUCGUGGCCAGCACCAGCGGGAUAGCGCUUAGGAAGUGGUGCAGCACAUCUCGCAAGAGCUGAGCAGCAGGAGGAGCGUAUAGUGCUGUAGUUUCACUAUUUAGUAUCUUUUCUUUCUUUUUCCCACCAUAUUAUGUUCUUGAUUUACUCCGUAUUUUACUUGUUAUUUACAUGCAAACCUGUGAGGAGGUUGAAGCUCUUUGGAGAGUUAACAGCAGAAAUCUAUUAGGGGUCAGUUUGCGCUUGUAGUAGUUUGAAAUUCAAAACUGAAUUCUGUACCUCUAUGCAUGUUGAUUCAUACGAGUCAACCUGUGUGAUUUACCGUAUGCCUUUUAUGUUCUUUUUUAUAUAAAUGAGCACAUCUUGUAGAGAAAUAAGAGCAAGAAGAGACUGCUGCCCAAAACCACAUCCUGCUCUAUGGAGCCCGUGUGGUUCGCUAACUACACAGACUUCCUAUUUACAAAAUGUAUGCAGCAUAAAUAGGAAUGAAAUGUGAAUCAGAAACAAUCCGAUGAAGGAUUUCCCAUUUUACUUUUGCUUUAAUUUGAAUGAAAUAGCCAAAGAUGGGGGCUUUACAGCAUUAAGACUAUUCAAUACAUAUCUUAGAAAUCAUAGUGUACUUUUAAAAAGUGCAUAUUUUAUUUUACUGGGGGUUUUACUCUGCAAUAUCUAAUGAGUAAGCCUGACCUAUGAGGCAAGACUUUGGAAUAUUUGAGUCACCAAAAACAAUAUGAAAGCUGAAACUAAAAUCCCUAAAUUGGAUACUGAAAAAAACCCAACAGGGUCAUGCUGUGUGAUUCUCUCAGGGAUUUCUCACCCAUUUAUAAAAACCCAAACACCUUAAUCCAACCCAGCCAUCUUACCUCGCAAUCCUUUUUCUUUACAAUAUCUUUGAAGUGCCUUAAGUGGGAACUUUAACCUCCAGCUUCCCUUGGUGUAGCUGCUCAGUAUCCAGCAAUUUGUACUGUGCAGCUCUUCUGUUCAAACGCACAAGAAUAUGAAGUCGGGUGCUAAUCGUAUACUUAAUGAUAUACCUACGACCUGUAUCCCACCAUACUGAUUUCUUCAUCAGCACAGGAGUCAGCGCUCUCGUUUCUACUAGCACUUAAUGGCGUCUUAGAACAAAAGCGUCAAAUUAGUGUUCUCAACAGUCUAAAGAUAUCUUCCCUGUGAUGCUCGGAGUGGGAUGUUAUUUGCACUUUGUCUCUGUGAGAGGGUAGAGAGUGUCAAUAAGCUGCCACUAUAAUCCAACGAAUCAGCUGAGAAACAGCUGCGCACAAGGAUGGCUUCAAGCCCUGUGUGAUAAUAACUUCCUCAAUUAAUUCAAGGACCUGAAGCAGAAUGAUGAGAGGCGAAGCUGCACAACACGCUGCUGGUUUGUCACUGUAAUAAUAUAAUGGCCGUCACAUGAAUAGUAGCAAAAACAGAGUUGGUCAGCAAAGUUGAGGUUUGACCCUCGAGUGUCGUUGUUUUCGUGACAUCCUCUGUGAUUCAUAGCUGUCGCCUGUGAUUCUUGUGCCAAGUUGAGGAUGUCUGUCGCCAAAUUGUGAUUAUCAAUAAGCGGAUGAGUCUUGGUGUGUCUGAGUGGUGAAAUGGGUGUUUUUGAUUUUUAGUCUGUGUGGACAAGUUAAACCAGAGAGACUUAAAAUAGUCUUAAAACAUAUGGCAUUGAAGUAGUUCAAAGCAUGUUGGAUGUUGUGCUGAAAGCAGUAUUGUCUUUUUCCUUUCACACUUCCUUGUCCACAGUUUGAUCUGUUCUUAUUUGUGGGACGCCUUUGAUUUCCACUACAGGCUUCUGUGUGUUCCGUGUGUCUGUAUCUCGUAUAAAUCAUACUGUGUUUUCAGCGUUUAGCGAAGAGCCUCCCGCUGCAAUUACUGAUGAAAUCAAAGUGCAACUGCAGUGUUCUGUUUGACACAGUUUAAUUGGGUGCAAUACAGCUUGAAAAUGAAAGAAAUUAGUGCUGCUAGUCUGCGACUGGGCUGCAAGGUGGGGCAGUGGUUAGCACCGUUACCUCACAC